CUCCGCGUCCACGAAUAUUCUGGACUCCUCCAGCGCACGGAACCGCCAUGGCCAAACCUUCCUUUCCCCUUCAUGCUUCGCCGUAUAUAACCCGGCCUCCCUUCCCCUCCCUCUAUUCACCGCCAACGCGAGCAAGAAAUCAAGCAAAGCCAUCGAUUCUUCCAAGCAAGCAAAGUCAGAGAGCGUGCAAGAAAGCGUCGGCUACACCGCAGUUGUUGCAGAGGAAUCAAUCGGUCAUGGACAAGGUGCUGGCCUUCUCCAUCCUGAGCGCCUCACCGGCCGACAUCGCCCCCGGCUCCGACGCCACCGGCGGCAGCUGGGCCCGGCUGUCGUGGCGGGGCAUGAAGCUGCAGGACGCCCAGGCGGGGCACCAAGCCGGUCAGACGGCGGAGGCAGAGCAGCUGGGCAGAAAGGGGAAAUCACAGUCGCAGCUUCCGCCGCAAGAGGAGACGAGGCGGCCGCGGUUCGCGCCGGAGUUCGACGGGAUCGACUGCUUCGAGACCAUCGUAUGGCGCUAGCGAAUCAAUCGC